GCUCGAAGAUGGCCAAGUUUCUGUACGGACGGCAACUCCAAGCACCGACCUCAUACCGCUGUUGCUGGCCGCGAUAUCGGGGCACGUGGACGUAGUCAUUCUCUUGUUGCAGCACGGUGCACCAAGCGUACCAAACACGAAUGGAGAAUACCCUAUACAUUUGGCUGCACAAGAGGGCCACGCGGAAAUAUGCCGGAUCCUUGCGCGUCAGGACGGUUGGGAUAUCCCAGAUAAGUACAGUCCUGAUUGAAAACGGCUGUCGCAUCGACCGCUUCGAUGAGAAUGGCAAUUCGGCUUUGUACUACGCCGCUUGGUAUGGUCACCAGUCCUGCGUAGCGCUGCUUCUCGACGCAGCCACAAAACUGGCACCGGGGCAUAUCCCACUGACGCAGAAAUCUCCUCGGUCAGACACGCAGCGAUCUGCAAGUGCGGAGUCUGACAUCGACAUGAUUCCUUCCCUGUCUCUCCCUCCGCCUAUGAUGCCGUACCGCGUGUAUGGUCACAACUAUUUGGAUAAAAUCGCAUUGGUCCAAGUGACUAUCGGGCAUCUGACGUCGCAGUUUGGUACGGAAUUGGCGCCGGCAGUUCGUCUCUACCCUCCACUGGCAGGUUUCUAUUAUGAUGAUCGACAAUUUCAUUCGUCAUCGCUGUUGAGACUCGUAAUGACCGCCACGCCUGCCAUCGCGCCAGCCCCGUACACCAUCGCGCUACCAAUCAAGGAUCAGAGAAUCACCUUCUCUUUUCAGGUCCCUUCUCCAGAUUCCCUGUCUAUGGAGUUCUCGCUGUACCCCAACUUUGGUACCAAGACAAUCGGCCGGGCGAUUUGUUUACCGUCCUCCCUACGGAAUAUUGCAAACAGCCAACCGUUUCUCGUCCCAAUCCUGGAUCCACGCCUCCAUGUGAUAGGAGAGGUUUCUUUCGAAGUCAAUGUCAUCACACCAUUCAGCGGCGUAAAGCUAGAGAUUGGCGGUGCUGUAGAAACGUACUGGAAGUCCUUGGCUGGCCCCGCACCUGCUUCAACGUCCAGGAUCACCCCAUCACGACCUCAGCCAGGUCGCGCCCCCGCCUCGGCAGUGAACUCGCCAUCCAUAUCAACGACCGCCUUAUCUGGAGGGCAUUCGCUGACCCACUCAUCAGUGACGGGUAGCUACGUCUUCAUCACUGUACAGGUUACGCGGGAUCUCCAGCCAGUUGUGUACUCUGAGUGGCUGCUUCCAGAAAUCGGAUACGAAUUAGGUGUCGCGGAUGUUACGUUGUCGCAAUUCCAAUCGCUCGCGCAGCGCCUUAAUAGGGGACUCUUGCAAACUGGCGAUCACCCGAUGUCGCCUCUGGAGUGGCAUCUGACAGUUUCGACUUCCAUGACCUCGUUGGCAGACCUACUCAAGGCGAGUUGGUCAUUAUAAUUACCAGACUCGUCAGGUUUGCUGACUGCACUUAUCAACAGAUGAUACCCGCUAGUAUUGGCAUAUGUCUGGAACUGGCGUAUG